CGGUGAGCCCCCUCCCUCAUCUGCUCGGUGUGCGGGCUGAGCUUCGAGGAGCUGAGCUUCGAUGGAGGACCACAUGACGGGACACAACAAGGAGAAGCGUUAUGAGUGCGAUGUGUGUGACAAGGCCUACCAGAAGCCGAGCCGGCUGGAGGCCCACCGGCGGGUGCACACGGGAGAACGCCCCUUCGACUGCUCGGAGUGCAGCAUGAGCUUCACCCGCUACGACAAACUGCUGCAGCACAACCAUGUGCACUCCGUCGAGAGGCCCUUCACCUGCUCCGACUGCGGCAUGAGCUUCAAGACGACGAAUGACCUGAAGGCCCACUGGUGGCUGCACACGGGCGAGAAGCCCUAUUGCUGCAUCACCUGCGGCAAGAGCUUUGCCCGGAAGUCAGGGCUGGGGGAGCACCUACGGGUACACAGCAGUGAACGGCCCUUUACCUGCUCUGUCUGCGGCAAAGGCUUCAAGUCUUCCACGGACCUGAAGGGGCACAGACACGUGCACACCGGGGAGCGGCCCUUCACUUGCAGAGACUGCGGCAAGGGCUUCACCCGCUCCAGCAUGCUGCUGAAGCACCAGCAUACCCACAGCGACGAGCGCCCCUACAUCUGUGCCCAGUGUGGCCAGAGCUUCACCCGCUCCAACAACCUGCUGAGGCACCAGCGUACCCACACCGGGGAGCGCCCCUACAACUGCAGCGACUGCGGCAAGGGCUUCACCCGGUCCAGUCACCUGCUGGAGCACCAGCGCACCCACACCGGCGAGCGCCCCUUCACCUGCGCCCAGUGCGGCAAGGGCUUCACCUGGUCCAGUAACCUGCUGGAGCACCAGCGCACCCACACCGGCGAGCGCCCCUUCACCUGCGUCCAGUGCGGCAAGGACUUCACCCAGUCUAGUCAACUGCUGGAGCACCAGCGCAACCACAGCAGCGAGCGGCCCUACACCUGCGCCCAGUGCGGCAAGGGCUUCAAGACGACGAAUGACCUGAAGGCCCACUGGUGGCUGCACACGGGCGAGAAACCCUAUUGCUGCAUCAUCUGCGGCAAGAGCUUUGCCCGGAUGUCAGGGCUGGGGGAGCACCUGCGGGUACACAGCAGUGAACGGCCCUUUACCUGCUCUGUCUGCGGCAAAGGCUUCAAAUCUUCCACGGACCUGAAGGGGCACAGACACGUGCACACCGGGGAGCGGCCCUACACAUGCAGAGACUGCGGCAAGGACUUCACCCGCUCCAGCACGCUGCUGAAGCACCAGCAUACCCACAGCGACGAGCGCCCCUACAUCUGUGCCCAGUGUGGCCAGAGCUUCACCCGCUCCAGCAACCUGCUGAGGCACCAACGCACCCACACCGGGGAGCGCCCCUACAACUGCAGAGACUGCGGCAAGGGCUUCACCCGGUCCAGUCACCUGCUGGAGCACCAGCGCACCCACACCGGCGAGCGCCCCUUCACCUGCGCCCAGUGCGGCAAGGGCUUCACCCGGUCCAGUAGCCUGCUGGAGCACCAGCGCACCCACACCGGCGAGCGCCCCUUCACCUGCGUCCAGUGUGGCAAGGACUUCACCCGGUCUAGUCAACUGCUGGAGCACCAGCGCAACCACAGCAGCGAGCGGCCCUACACCUGCGCCCAGUGCGGCAAGGGCUUCACCCGUCCCUCCAAGCUGCUGUACCACCAGCGGGUGCACGCAGGCGACCGUCCCUACCCCAGCCCGGUGUGUGGAGAGCGCUUUGCCAUGACCUCCCAUGCCCUGUCUCACCAGCGCGUGCACACCAGUGGCCAG